AAUUGACCCCAUGUCUUUUCCGAGGGAAAGACUCACGCAAAAUCAUCGUGAGUUUGACAGUAAGGGAGCUCGUUUCGUCAAAAUGGUGAUCGUUGCAGCUACUGCCCUGAUAGUCGUACCAUUUGCGUUGACGCUUUGGUGGAUAUCCUUGAUAUCUUUUACGUAUUACGGUUAUGAAGGCCCUGUUUAUCCUAUCAGCCCAUUACGAUGGCUUAUUGCUGUCUGUGUCCCUCUCUACAUGUCUAUUGAUGCAUUACACCGAAAGAAAUUGGACCGAGCCGGAGCAGUAUUAGCGUUUGUAAUAGGUGUCGUCAUGACACUGAGUAGCUACUCUCAUUUCUUGAGCCUGGCCGCAUUCUUCUAUUCCGGGUCUAAGCUCACUCGAUUCAGGGCCAGAAAGAAGCAAGAGUUGGAAGAGGAUUAUAAAGAAGGUGGACAGAGAACAUGGAUUCAGGUCUUCGCAAACGGGGGACUUCCUGCACUGUAUGCCGCCCACUUCAUCCUCGACACCGGCUUCCAAGAUCACCCGCUGGACUUCUCACACUAUUACAACUCCACGUUCAUCGCUCUAGGGGUGAUGAGCGGGAUAGCGUGCUGCAGCGGAGAUACCUGGGCUUCCGAGGUUGGGAGCGUCGUCGGGAUGGAGAAACCUCGCUUGAUCACAACUUGGGAAAGGGUACCAAGAGGAACCAAUGGCGCUGUCUCUCUUGUCGGUACCCUGAUGAGCUUUGCUGGGGGUCUCGUCGUGGGCCUUGGAUACCUGGCAGGAAUCUUCUUAACGUUCAAUCAGGAGAUGCUACGUAGCUCUCCUCCCCAGUGGCCGGUCGUGCUCUUUGGGGGCGUGGCCGGCCUGGUGGGCUCCCUCUUCGACUCUCUGCUCGGGGCUUGGUUCCAGUAUUCAGGCUACUGCACGAGACAGUGUAAGGUGGUCCACCAAGCCUCGCCCACCACCGAACACAUAUCGGGCGUCGCCCUCUUUGACAACGAGGGCAUCAACCUCCUAUCGUGUCUCCUCACUGUCCUCAUCAUGCCCCACAUCUGCUUCUCCUAUUGGCCUCGGAUCGGCUAUUAAAGCGAGCCUUCGGGUAGGAAAACGGUAGUCUGCAAGCCCAGACCCCUAUUUGACACGUUAAUCUAGAGCCAAGACUAGACGCCAAAGGCUCUGUCUGUUGUGUCAAAUAAGAGCCCGCCACAGUACCCAGUGAAUCUAGUCUCACUACUUCAGACUGCAUUUAUGCACAAUGCA